AUGACAAUUGUGAGAAGCGGAUUCGGAGGAGAGAGAGUAGUGCAAUGUCUCUCAGACACAGUUAUGAAAGCAUUCGAAAAAGAUGGAAUUCGGGUCGAUUCUGAUAAAGAAAAUGAAAUCGUCAAUCCUCAAGUAGAGAAUCCCGCGUUGAAAGAGCAAAAGUCUGUCUCGGACUCAGACAAGCUCGUUGACGAGCUUGCGCAGAUGCAGGCUGAGGAUGGGACUCAAGUAGUAGUUGAUAUAGAGUCUACUGAGACAACUGAGUCUAAGAAAUUAGAUGUCGAGGUAGAACUGCUUCUGGGAGAUGAUCCAGGAGCAAAGAAAAAAGAACAAGUGGGGCUGCACGAGAGUUUGGUGUCGCGUUGGUCAUCUUGGCUGACUGACGGAUUACCGAAAGAGGUUAAAGACAAGGUGUUAGAGAAAUAUCCGCGUAAGGGAAAUAUUUCUCUCGAGGCCCCAGAAUUAAAUGAAGAAAUUUCAGCUACACUGAACGAAACGGGCGUCAAGAGAGAUCAGCUAUUUACCCUAGAACAAAACCUAGCUGGUUCGGCCUUGUCAGCCUUGGGACAAGGCAUUACAAUGAUCAUCAGAGAUGAAGAAGAACCUCUAGAUCGUCUAGAGUUGUUAGAAAAACUAGCGGAUGCAGGCAAACUCAUGGCACAAUUGCACUACCAGGCGACCAAGCCUGGGUCUCUGUUGUUUGGAGAGAAGCUAACCGAGAAGAUUAAAACCGCAAAAUCUAUGGAGAAAAUUGGCAAAGAGAUCAAGGCGUCUCCUCUUCCUUCGUCCUCUAGUAAUAACAAAAAACAACCCAGCGCCGAGACGUACUUUAAACUGGAGAGGCCCAUAUGCGAGACAGGGGAACUCGUAUCAGGGCCCGAAACAGUACCAGACGAAGUUCCCCUCAUCUCAGCACAGCAGCAAGAGCACAUACAGCAAUGCCUCGAAGUCAACCAGCAAGACUCAGCCACCAACGGAUGCAGGGAAGAAGAAAUAAAUAAUGAGGUGAGAUUAGUUGCAGGAAGGCUCAGUCAGUUUCUUCCACAAUGGAAAAAGAUCACCAGUGAUUCUUUUGUCCUAAAUUGUGUAAAAGGAUAUGAAAUUCCUUUUCUUGAAAAACCACCUUGGGCCCUGAGCUUUAAUAAAGACUUGCAUCUGAGAGGGAAAGAGGACUACCUGUUUAUUACAUUUAAGAGGCUCUACCGUAGGGCAACUCCCCAAUCAAUAAGCCGCUGUCUUGUGAAAGCUGGGAUAGAUCCUAAGUACACUGCUCACAGUACCAGACACGCAGCCACGUCUGCUGCAGAGGCAAAAGGUUUAGAUGUAAGCAUCAUAAAGAGUACAGCAGGAUGGUCAGCCAGCUCACAGGUGUUCGCUAAGUUCUACAAACGUCCAAUAGAACCAAGAAGAGAGUCGUUUGUAGAGAUUGUGAUGAAAUGCUAUCAAUACAUAUUUCAUUAA